AGCAACAAUGGCCGUUGGCAGCCUAAGCAUAGGAAUCUAUAUUCCUUUGAGAACCCAAAUCCUUUUCAGUCCAAAAUUAAAGGCUUUUAGUGUUGUUAGCAAACCCGGAAAGUUUCCUUCUUGGUUCGAUCAAUGGGUUCUUCUGCUUCUUCCCACACGCCCGACAACGUUCAAGAUAUUGAUGGUCCAUCCCGUACAGAGGCCGCUGCAGUUAACUAUGCUUCUUUAAGUAACGAAGAAUGGAAGAAGAGGCUAACACCUGAGCAAUUCUAUGUUACUCGACAAAAAGGGACCGAAAGAGCUUUCACUGGGGAAUACUGGAACACAAAAACACCAGGAACUUAUCACUGCAUAUGUUGUGACACGCCUCUUUUCGAAUCAUCGACUAAGUUUGAGAGUGGAACUGGCUGGCCAUCAUAUUAUCAACCUGUAGGAAAGAAUGUGCAGCUAAAGUCAGAUUGGUCGAUAGUCUUUAUGCCUCGCACAGAAGUUCUUUGCGCUACUUGCGGUGCUCAUCUUGGCCAUGUCUUCGAUGACGGUCCUCCACCAACGGGGAAGCGAUACUGCAUCAACAGUGCUUCCUUGAGACUGAAACCGGAGUAAAA